AAACCUCCAAUAUCUCUGUUCCCUUUUCUUUGCUAGUCGUGGCGCUUCUAACUCACUACUUGCUAUCACCUAGUGAACUUCUUAGGCAGCCAUUGCCAAAUCAAUCUCCUCAUUUUUGCUGGCUUUCGGCGAUGGAGCGACUUGAACAAGUUGAAAUCAGAAGUUGAUUCUAUUGGUCGAACCCGAAAUCUAAUAUAUCACAUGACCCGAACCUCCCUAUCGUCGCUGAUUGGCUAGUUAGCCUCUCAGGCUUAGAUAUUUUUGGAACCUGAAGUCAUGACUCCAUACAUACACAUUGGCCUCUGACCAGGGAUAAUCGUCUGACCCUUACCAAGUCACAACUUUCUUCCAAUCAAAUAUGCCCUGGAACUAAUUAACUUCUCUGCGUUACAAGGGAAGGUUUUGUUUGAAACCGGUCAGUUGAUCCUCAGCACAUGCAGGAAAUUUCGCUUGAGGGCAAAAUGGAUUCAACUUCCAACAUUGCGAUAGGACUGUGGGCUACAGAUGAUAUGAUGAUCACAUUAACUCGUUUGAAGCAUACCUUGCCGCUGUCAUGGGAAUCGUUGGAGGCGCGCCACCCAGGCUCAUGGUUCCCGCUAGAUCCCGUUUCCCUUAACCGUACUUGCACAGUUGACCGACGCUUAAAAUGGGGGAGGCCCGCUUGCUACGUGUUUGAUAUGAAAAAAAGCCUUCUAUAUCUUACCAACGUUGGGGAACUGUCAUUGAAACUACGUCCCAUUUUCCCCAUACAUACCCCACAUCCUCAGCCGUUUACUACUACAUAACCGAGGAAAUCUAAACACAAUCUAAACAUAAGAACGACUGGUUUUCUCCAUCUCUUCUUACCUUUGCCCUUGUGUCGUUUACCAGGAAGCAAACCCAAAAUGGAUGAACGUAUCUCCAUACCAGUUUCACUGCCCCAUCCAAACCCUACAGUCUCAUACUGGCAGAACCCGCCAGAUGAGAUCGGGGAUAUAUGCUCAACCGUGAAGCUUCCUGCGGAGGCUGAUAUUGCGAUAGUCGGAUCAGGAAUAUCUGGUGCGGCCAUUGCAUACAAUAUACUAUGUCGAGCUCCAGGGACGAAGAUUGUUAUGCUUGAGGCGAGGCAGGCUGCUAGCGGAGCGUCGGGGCGAAAUGGCGGCCACACCAAGGGGGCUUCUUAUACGACCUUUCCAACAAACGUGGAAAAACUAGGUCUCGACGAAGCCAUCAAAAUCGCGAAACUUGAACUCAACACUGUUCGUCAGGUGCACGACUUUGCACGGAAACACAACAUCCAGUGCGAGAGCAAGCACAUCGACACAACGGACGUGAUAUACGACCAAGAAACAUUAGAACAAGCAGCUACAACAGUCAAAUUCAUGCAGAAGAUCAUGAAAAAUCACCCUGCAAGCAAAUAUACGUUCUGGAACAGGAAGGAAACGGAGGAGAAGUUCCUAGUCCCGGGGGCUGCCGGAGCCAUUACGUACGAAGCCGGCAGUCUCAGCGCAUAUAAGUUUGUCAUAGGACUUCUCAAGUUAUGUCUAAAGAAGGGCCUAAACCUUCAAACGAAUACCCCUGUUACCAGUUUGCACAGGCAAGAAAGUAGCACUAGUAAGGACAAUGGCCACGGCAAAGGGAAGCACUGGACUGUCGUAACUCUUCGCGGCAACAUUCAAGCAACGAAAGUCAUCAUGGCGACGAACGGCUACUCAGCGGCCCUCUACCCAAAGCUUCAAGGCGUCAUAGUCCCCGUCCGCGGUCAGGUGACAGCACACAGGCCUGGAUCGGCAAUGCCAGCCUCCGGCCUCUCCACCACCUACUCCUUCAACUACGGCAGCGGAUUUGACUACAUGAUCCAAUGUCCCGACGCAUCGAAGUAUCCCCGCGACAUCGUCAUCGGUGGCGGGUUCUGUGAAAGUGAGAAUGGCGGCCUGGCCAAUUAUGGAACUACGGAUGACUCUGUGCUCGAGCCGGCGAUUAGUGAGUAUCUUGCCGCAUCGACGGUGGAGUUCUUCGGGAAGAAUUGGGGCCGUGAUGAUCCUGCCGGCCGCGUGCGACAUGAAUGGACUGGCAUUAUGGGGUAUAGUGCUGAUGGGCAUCCGUUGGUUGGAGAGAUUCCGGGGGAACCUGGGUUGUUUAUCUCGGCAUCCUUUCAGGGGCAUGGAAUGGUCCUCUGUUUCCUCUGCGCUCAGGCAGUCACAAGCAUGCUAUUUGGCGAUGACGAAAAGACCCUAUACAGCUGGUUCCCGCGCACGUACAAGGUAAACGCAGACCGGCUAAAGCGCAGGCUCGAUCGGAGAAUCACCCCGCCUCCAAAGGCUCAAUCCAAGGCGCGUCUGUAAUCUAUAUCUGGCACAGCACAGGCCGCAUUUGCUCAUAUUUCCUUUUUCCCACAUAAGAACGUAGGCGAAGUGGCAUUUCCAAUUCAUUUCGAUGACAACUGUUUUGGUAGGAUGGAAUUCGGAAUACAGGUAGCGUAUGUGAUUCAUACACAGCCGGGAACAUGGGCAACUAUCGGAGUCCUUGUCAAAUCUGAGGAUGUUGGUCCAUAGUAGAACUAGCGAAUGCAAAUAGAAUGCCAAUCAGAUGUUAUUUUUUAUUUUU